UUAAGACGUUAUGUUUACAAUAUCUCCGUAACUCAUCUUUCAAGACCAGCAUUCUCAUUGUCUGGGGAAGUACAGUAUCAAUUCGGACUGCACUUGACAUAAUUUGAGAUUAUUCGCGCCACAAUUUCGACUCUUCGCCUCGAGUCAUUUACUAGUAUACUAUUCGAAAGAGCAUUCGGAUCUGUCUUCUAUCCACUGUGUCUAGAUACAUGACUGCAAGCCCAGAAUGGCUCAACAAUCAGAGAGACCCAUCCGACGACUUCUCGUAGCUAAUCGGGGAGAGAUUGCGACAAGAAUCAUCUCAUCCGUGCGCGAGCUCGGAAUCGAGUCUUUCGCAAUUUAUGUGAGCGGCGAUGUAUCGCAUGCCUUGAAAGCAAACCACGCCAUCGAGGUGUCGGCGGCCGAUUUCAUGAACAUUCAAGCGCUCAUCAGUAUUGUUACGCAACAUGGCAUCGAUGCCGUGCAUCCUGGCUACGGAUUUCUAUCAGAAUCCGAGGACUUUGCUAAGCAAGUCUGGGAACAGACCGGAGCUGUUGUUAUCGGUCCAGGGUGGGAGAUCUUGGAGAGGACUGGAGAUAAGUUGAAGGCGCGUUCACUCGCAGAAGAAUGCAACGUGCCCGUCUGUCCGGCGCUGAAGACGCCAACUAACAAUGUCGAACAUGUUCGUGAAUUUGCCACAAAAGUCGGCUACCCCAUCAUGGUAAAGGCCGUUGAUGGCGGUGGCGGGCGCGGUAUACGGCUUAUCAAGGAUGAAGACUCGCUGCCCUCGGCAGUAAAACGCGCGGCAGAAGAGAGUCCGUCGAAACAAAUUUUCGCUGAGAAGGCUGCCAUAAACGGAUUUCGCCAUGUCGAAGUCCAGGUCAUUGGCGAUGGUACGGGAAAUGUCACUCAUUUGUGGGAGAGAGAAUGCAGCAUCCAAAGAAGAUACCAGAAAAUCGUCGAGUUUGCACCCAGCCUUGUCAAAGAUCGGCAGAUUAUCGCUACCGUAAUUCAAGAUGCUCUCAGAAUGGCCAAGCAUAUUCGAUAUCGUUCUCUUGGAACGUUUGAGUUCCUUGUAAACCCCAAUACAAAGGAGCAUUUCUUCCUUGAAGUCAAUCCAAGACUACAAGUAGAACACACCGUAACCGAGUCGAUAUCAAUGGCAGACAUCGUCAGAGCUCAAAUUCUCCUUGCUCAAGGUUCUUCACUAGCAGAUUGCGGUUUACGAAAUGAAAUUCGUGAUCCUCUGCUCCCGCCACGAGCUCACUCAAUCCAGCUGCGAAUCACUGCAGAAAACGUGCACAGUGAUUGGUCGCUAUCGAUCGGAAAGAUCACCUCGUUCCAAUUCCCCACCGGGAACGGAAUCCGUGUGGACACGCAUCUGGUAGCUGGGCAUCAAUCCAUUGUAUCGGCAGACUUCGAUAGUCUGAUAGCAAAGCUCAUCAUCACAGCCUCCUCGUGGCCAGAUGCUGUCAGAAAGGCAUCAAGGGCACUUGACGACACCCUAAUAGUAGGAGUAAAAACGAACGUCGACAUGUUACGCGGUAUCGUCGCACAUCCUGAUUUCUUAGCAGGAAACUGUGACACGCGAUGGCUGGAGACGAACCACUCCGGACUGCUCAGUUUGGGAUGCGAUCAUAAAUUACCAGCACCUUCGAUACCCCAAAAGGAGCUCAGCCAACAUUCAUCUACUGCACCUGCCGUAGCAGCUGCGAACGUGACGUUCCGUAAAGGGGAUGCUUGGGAACUGGCCCUUACCUCUCCAUCAGAUGCUCGAAAUGACUCUGCACGACCAUAUCAUCUGGAGCUUACGCGCGUCUUACGAAAUGAAUUUCCACAAUCCCUUGUAGCAGAGCUUCUAUUCACAUCACCAGCCACGAGCUCCAUCGCCAAACCUCACAGUGUUCCCUACACAAUCUCCCUUUCUGGUACAUCUUCAAGUGCGUCAGCAGCAACAUCGCAUCAUCGACGCGGCAACCCGUCGGAUGGAAGUCAUGUAAUUAUCCCGUUCCCAGGAAAGUUGGUAGAGGUCUUGGUGGACGAGGGCGACACGGUCAAGGAAGGCGAUGUCAUUUGUGUCGUGCAGCAGAUGAAAAUGGAACUGGAAGUGCGGUCACAUCGAAGUGGGAGGGUAGGAUGGAUUAUGGAGAUAGAGGACGGAGAAGAGGUUGGAGAGGGGAUGCUUGCCGCUGUAGUUGAGGGCGAUUCAGCUGCUAAGCUUUGAAUCAGCACUGCGGACGCGUUCGAAGCCAUGGCAGUUAGACGGUACAUGGAAGAUCAAUAUUACUUGACCAGCUACAUGGCAGCUCUCCGUUGCUGAUGACAUCAUUUCGUUUGGUCGUCAAACCAAACGUAGCAUUCACG